GUCCAUCAUCGACGUUAGAACAAUGACGAGGUUUAUUAUUUUGUUGGCUUUCUUCUGUUCCCGUAAUCUACUUGUAGAUGCCGGCGUUCGCUUUUCAAACUUGACAAGUGAAAUGAACCCAGAGUAUGUCAAAGGUACAAUCAACGUCAAAGUUGAAAGCGGAAUGUACUCAAUUGGCUUGAACUGUGAUCUGCUAAAGAAAAUCGAAGGAAACUUCUGGGUAAAGCCAGUAUUUUCAAAGAAAAUUAAUGAUGCGUAUGUGCCUGUAGUUGAUCUAAUGCUAGACACCUGCAAAACUGAUCCCAGUAUGGCAGAGAAUCCCCUGGUACGAUUUAUUUCAACGGAAGCGAAGAAGUUUGUGAGCUUUGGUUUGAUGUGCCCCUAUGAACCGGGUCAUUACACUGUGAAUGAUUUCACCUUCGAGAAUAGCAGCACGUUGAUGAACUUUAUUCCAAAAGGAAGCUAUCACGUGAGUGUCACUACACACCAUCAAUCUCCCGGAAGUAACGAACUGAACAAAGUGAUGAGCUUUUCAUUUUACGCCAAUGCCGAAUGAGCUAACUCGACAUCCCACCUUCGUGGAGCGCUCAGCAACAUUCAAUCAAAAUGAAACAUCUAUAUAGAAAAUAUUGCAAUACAGGCCAGUAAAUAGAAUUAAA